AAUUAAAAAAAAAAAAGGAAGAGUAAAAUGUAGAAGAGGUGUACUGUGUACAUCAAAGUCAUCAAGUCCCCCACGUCCAUAAUAGAGAUGAAGAUUUGAUAUCGGAUGUCAACCGUCGAACUUGAUGAUUCUCCGACUCGUUAACUCUGGUGAUCGUUAUCGGUGGUAAUAGUUGGAAAAGAAUCACAAAGUUGAAUCAAUUUUCGGAAUAAUGAGUUAUCGAAGGGAGACUCGCGCUUCUAAAGCUGCUCUUGUUGAUGGAUACAAUAGCAUUGAAGAGGGUGGCCUUGGAGCCUCCUCAUCAUACUCAAGUGACAUUACUGAACAUGAAAAUGAUGAAGCUCUUGAUAGCCUAAAAGACCGCGUCUUCUUUCUGAAGCAGUUGUCUGGUGAUAUACAUGAUGAAGUUCGUAGCCAUAACCGUUUCCUGGAUCGAAUGGGUAAUGAAAUGGAUGCAUCAAGAGGUAUAUUGUCAGGGACGCUUAACCGCUUCAAGAUGGUGUUUGAAAGGAAGUCAGGACGUGGGAUGUGCAAGCUUGUAGGGUUCCUUGUGACAUUUUUUAUAUUAUUCUACUACCUCAUCAGGGUCCUUAGACAUUCCAUGUAAGUGCAAAGUGAAGAAUAGGUUAGCGCCUGUCCGAGCUUGUUGAGAAGAGUUUUGGAUGAUACGAGGAUUGGGGUUUCUAUUUCCAUACGUGCUUCAUCUGUCCAACAUAGGUUAUAUACAUGAAUGUCACAAUUCAUUGAAGGCGGCAUUUACGGAUUCUUGUGUAAUCGGUGACAAGAACAAUGUUACUUUGUUCAGUGGAUGUGGGAAGUAAUUUGACGACGGUUAUCAUACUAAAGCAAUGAAAGUUAAUGGUGAUGAUGGUUUCUGUUGGUUAUCCAAUAUAAUGCAAUUAUCUGCACAAGUUUUGACAUUUUGUACAA